UCCUGCUUGCCUCGUGCGCGCGCGGCGCCGCGGCGGCGGGCGGCGCGCAAGACCCGGGUGCAAGCGGUCCGACGACUGCACGCGGGUGCCUGGCCAGAACUGCCACGAGGGGGCCAACACCUGCGAGGACACGCCGCCGGGGCACGCGCGGAACAACGGGAGCUACGGCUACUCCCCGUGCAAGGCGGGGUCUGCCGCAAGCGCCAAUGCCCUGUACUGCGCCCCCUGCGGGCCGGGGCAGUUCGCCCCGCACGACUACGCGCCGAGGUGCCAGUGCGCCUCCAGAGGCCACAAGGUGGUUGGCGACGGGACGGCCCAGCAGGAGUGCAACCCAGGCACGUUCGCCCCAGAGGAGUGCGCGGCGCGGUGCGAGCGCUGCCCCGACGGCCACGUCGCGGAGCACCCAGGCGCCUCGCGCUGCCACGAGACCGAGGCUGGCCACGAGGCCGACGCGAGCCGGACGGAGCAGGUCCCGUGCCAGCCGGGCUACGCCAACCCUGAGAAGGGUCACCAGUGCCAGGACGCCUGCGCGGCGGGCCGCUUCUCCAACGUCUCGGGCGCGCACGAGUGCGUGUGCGCACCGGGGGGGCACGGCACCAACGCGGACCGGACGUCCGAGGCCGCGUGCAGCCCAGGCUACGCCAACCCCGAGCGCUGCGGGUCCUGCUCCAGGUGCGCGCCGGGCAGGUACGCGCACGACCGGGGGGCGCACAGCUGCAAGUGCGCGGCCAAGGGGCACUACGCCACGUCCGACGGCAUCCGCGAGCUCGAGUGCGAGCCGGGCCACUACCAGGGCUCCACCUGCGGCUCGGUGUGCCUGAAGUGCGAGCUCGGCAAGUAUGCGUUCACCAGCGGGCACCACGACUGCCAGUGCGCGCCCAAGGGGCACUCCGUGAGCCGCGACGGCACCACGCUGAUCGAGUGCGGGCCCGGGUUCUACCCCUGGACGAGGACUGCAGCCCCGAGUGCAAGGCGUGUCCGCCCGGACGGUAUUCCAACGCGUCGGUCAGCUCCGGCUGCCACCCCGUGCCGGCUGGGGCAUACCAAGACCUGGCGCACCAGGUCUCCUACAAGCGUUGCGAGCCGGGCAGCUACAGCCGAGAGGAUCCGAGAGGGGUGCGCCACGUGCGCGUCGUGCUCGUUGUCCUACUUCUCCGGCGUGGGCAGCACCGCGUGCGAGUCGUGCUUCAGACUGAGCUUCGCCAUGGACCU